AUGAAAUCAUCAAUCACAUUCGUAUUCAUAGUAGCCAUCGGUUACGCCGUGGCCUACUCAUCAUCAUCGUACGACGAUGGUUGGUACGGUAAUGGAGGAGGUGGUGGUGGUGGUGGUGGUGGUGGUGGCGGUGGUGGUGGCGGUGGCGGUGGCUAUGGUGGUUGCAGUGGUGGUGACUGUGACAGUUAUGGUGGUGACGGCGGCUAUGGAGGAGGUUGCAGUGGAGGUGACUGCGGGUACGGUGGAGGUGGUGGCGGUGGUGGUGGUGGCGGUUGUAGUGGUGACGAUUGUGGUGGUUAUGGUGGUACUUACAAUGGUGGAUGCAGUGGUGGAUCUUGUGGAGGAGGCAGUGGCAGGUACAGCAGCGGUGGUAGGGGUAAGGGAAAAGGUGGAAAAGGUGGCAAAGGCAGUUUCAGAUACAACCAAUAUUUCUAA